AUGGUGCGGCGCGGCGGCGCCGACGCCGGGCGGCUCGGCGGCGGCUGCACACACGUCGUCGCGUGCGGCCGCGUCUACGACGACCCCGUGUGCGCGGCGGCGCGGGCGCAAGGGAACAGGGUCGUCAGCGAGCUCUGGGUGGACGAUAGCCUCGACCGGGGUUUUCUCGCCGACGCCGACAGGGUUAUUUACUGGCCAACGAAAGAUUUGAACGGCAUACCAGGCAGCGACUCGCUGCAGAUUUGUCUGACGGGGUAUCAAAGGAAUGACCGUGAAGAUAUUAUGAAAAUGGUCUCUUUGAUGGGCGCACAUUUCUCCAAGCCUUUGUUGGGACACGUAGUCACUCAUCUUGUUUGCUAUAAAUUUGAAGGUGAGAAGUACGAGCUUGCCAAAAGGUUGGGGAUCAAGCUUGCUAAUCACCAGUGGUUAGAAGAUUGUUUAAAGUCAUGGGAAAUUCUUCCAGUAGAUGAUUAUAACAAGAGUAGUUGGGAACUAGAGAUAAUGGAGGCGCAAGCCAAGGAUUCAGAAGAUGAAGUAGAUGCUCGAACGCCAUUCAACAGCAGAUCUGGAGUUAAGCACACUCCCAACCCAAAAAACAGCAUAGGAACUUCUCACAAUUCUGUGGUCGAUGUACCGACCAGGCCAGCACCAAUUAUUCCCAGUGAUAAUCAAAAUAUGGCUGUGGAUAGACAUCUGAACACCCCAGAUCAUAUCAGAAAGGAAGAAAAUGUAGUCAACAAGACACAUCAUAUCACAGCUCAAGGCACUCCUAUCAUUAGUAGGUUGGCAAGUUCUGCUAACACUGAUAGUGGUGCUCCCGUUCAAACUCCUUCUGUUAUCAGUGGCAAUAGAGAGGAAGUUGCAGUAAGAGAUUUGGACAAUCCAAAUCAGGCCCAGCCAGCAGAAUACAAAUAUGUUGGUACAGACAUUGCAACUGGCGCAUUGGGCACCCCAAGCUCAAGCAGGAUGAAAGUUUCUGCUAACGAUCAUUCCCAUUCCCCAGAUGAGAUCCUCACAGUACCAAAGAACAUGGCAACUCCUAUAGCAAUGAAUGCAGGUGCUAACAGUGCUAGCAUGGAGGUUGAUGGAUCAGUUGUUAACAAUGUCAAUGCAGAGGUUUCUGAAUCAGGGAUUGAAAAAACGAUUCCUUACCAGUAUGCUGCUGUGAUCUCUAAAAAUGGUUCCAGUAGUGCAAGUACAACAAAAAAACAAACAACAUCACCGCAGAAGGUUCCACUUAGCAGAGUGGCGAGUGCCCUUGCUAAGAAGCAACAUAGUGUUCCCACUAAGGUAAAUGAUGCACAUGUAGGAUCCAAUUUGGAGUCGACUAAGGUGACAUCUGAGGAAACUAUUGAGAUCCAUUCCUCAGACGAGACCCUGAUGCUGCAAAAGAACAUAACAACGCCUAGCGCAAGGAAUGCAGGUGCCAAGAGGCCCCGCAGUGCUAACGCGGAGGUUGAUGGAUCAGUGGUUGGCAAUGGUAAGGCAGUAGUUUCUGAACCAGAGACUGACAAAAUGAUUCCUCACCAACAUGCUGGUGCAACCUCUGAAAAGGGUACCAGUAGUGCAAGUGCAACAGAAAGAAAAGCAAUGUCCCCAAAGAAGGUUCCAGUUGGUGGAGUGAGAAAAGGUGUUCUUGCAAAGAGGCAACAGAGUGUUCACACUAAGGCAAAUGAUGCACAUGUAGGAUCUGAUUUGGAGUUGAGUAAGCUGACUUCUCAUGAAAAUAUCGAGAUCCAUUCCUCAAGUGAGGCCCUCAUGGUACCACAGAACAUAGCAACUCCUAAUUCAAGGAAUGCAGGUGCCAAGAGGCUCCGUGGUGCUAGCAUGGGGGUUGAUGUAUCAGUGGUUGACAAUGGUAAGGCAGUAGUUUCUGAAUCAGAGACUGGCAAAAUGAUUCCUCAUCAGCAUGCUGGUGCAACAUCUGAAAAGAACACCAGUAGUGCAAGUGCAACAGAAAGAAAAACAACACCUCCAAAGAAGGUUCCAGUUGGUGGAGCGAGAAGUGUCCUUGCGAAGAGACGGCAAAGUGUUCAAACCAGAUUAAAUGAUGCACAUCUAGGAUCUGAUUUGGAGUCGAGUAAGGUGAUUUCUCACGAAAAUAUUGAGACAGAACCUAAGAGGUUUUGCAGCAGUGCAAAUGAUGAUGAACAUGGAAGAAAGUCACCCAACAAGUUGCUUAGUACGAGAGUGAAAAAUACAGUUGUUAAGAAGUCUCGAAAUUCUGACACCAGCACGACCGUUGAACCACAAGUUGAUAAAGCUGAAACAGUCCCUGCAGAGUCACUGUUUGAACCACAAGUUGAUAAAGCUGAAACAGUCCCUGCAGAGUCACUGUUUGAUGACUUGUUUCCUUCAGAAAAUGUUAAAGAUGACCCUAAAAAGCUUUCAAGCAGUGCAAGUGUGGAUGGUUGUGGCACAGUUUCCCCUGAGAAAAUAUUGAGAACUAGAGUUAGGAAAGUGGUUGCCAAGAGGAAAAUAAAAAAUAUGGAAGACAAGUCAGGCAGCAAGCAUGGCAAAAUUGGUAGUAGCAUUGCAUCUGCAGCUAAAGCACUCUCAUCAGAGAGAAUAGACAGUGCAUGCAAUAUCGAGAAAGCAACUGCUGACCAAGACUCCCUGAAGGGCAAUAAUGAUGGUGUGAGAGACGUAUCUGUAUUGUCUUUUAAAGAUACUGCCGCUGUAGACAAGUCAGAAGGAAUGCACAAUUCCAAGUUGAGAGGUAGUAGAAGAAAUAAGGCUCCUGCUUCAGAGCAUGAUAAUGAUAACCAACAAGACCAUGGUGAUCUCAGUUCUAGAACCAGUUGCGGAAAUGGUGGUUUGAAUUCCAAAUUUGCUUUGAAAUCAAAGAAGAAUAAAACAGAUAUGCUUGACAAGCAUGGAGGGAUAGACAAGUCAGAAGGAAUGCACACUUCUAAGUUGAGAUGCAGUAAAAGAAAUCAAGCUCCUGCUUCUGACCAUGACAACGAUAACCGACAAGACCAUGGCAGCAAAGAUACUGUCACUGUAGACAAGUCAGAAGGAACUCGCAAUUCUAAGUUGAGAUCUAGUGCAAGAAAUAAAACUCCUGUUUCAGAGCAUGACAAUGAGAACCAGCAAGACCAUGGUGGCAAAGAUACUGUCACCGUAGACAAGUCAGAAGGAAUGCACAAUUCUAAGUUGAGGAGUAGGGGAAGAAAUAAAGCUCCUGCUUCAGACCAUGACACUGAGAACCGACAAGACCAUGGUAGCAAAGAUACCGUCACCAUAGACAAGUCAGAAGGAACGCACAAUUCUAAGCUGAGAUCUAGGGCAACAAAUAAAACUCCUUCGGACCAUGACAAUGAGAACCGACAAAACCAUGAUCUGAAUUCCAAAUUUGCCUUCGAAUCCAAUCGUGGAAAUGGUGAUCUGAAUUCCAAAUUUGCUUUGGAAGCAAUGAAGAACAACACAGAUGUUGUUGACAAGCAUGGAGGGAUAGAAGGAAAUGGUGCUGGAACCUUGAUCACAUUGGACCCUGCAUGCUUUAUUUUAAGUGGACAUCGUCAUCAGAGAAAAGAUUAUAGGUCAAUACUUAGACGCCUGAAGGGACGAGUUUGCAGGGAUUCACAUCAUUGGUCAUAUCAAGCAACACAUUUUAUUGCCCCGACCCCCCUCAGGAGAACUGAGAAGUUUUUUGCGGCAGCUGCUGCAGGCAGGUGGAUCCUCAAGAGUGAUUACUUGACCUCUUGCAAUGAGGCUGGCAAGUUAUUGGCUGAAGAGCCAUUUGAAUGGUCUGGUACGGGCCUCAAUGAGGGUGAGACGAUUAGCUUUGAAGCUCCCAGGAAAUGGCGUGUUCUAAGGCAGCAGAUGGGUCAUGGUGCCUUCUAUGGAAUGCAGAUAGUCAUCUACGGACAGCUCAUUGCUCCAUCACUGGAUACGGUGAAGCGUGCGGUGCGUGCAGGCGACGGCAACAUCCUAGCAACUUCCCCGCCAUACACUCGGUUCCUGAACUCCGGCGUCGAUUUCGCCGUGAUCUCAGCAGGCAUGCCCAGCGCGGACGCAUGGGUCCAAGAGUUCAUCCGUCACGACAUCCCGUGCGUCAGCGCCGACUAUCUGGUCGAGUACGUCUGCAAGCCUGGCUACCCCCUGGACACGCAUGUCCUCUUCAAGACGAGCCGUCUGGCCACCAAGUCCCUGGACAAGCUGCUGAAGAGUCAGCAGGAGGUGGCCAUGGAUAACCUGGAAGCAUCCGAGGACGAUGGUGACGAUGACCUGAGCUGUGCAGCCUGCGGGAGCACAGACCGGGCGGAGGUGAUGCUGAUCUGUGGCAGCGAGGAUGGCACGGUCGGCUGCGGGGUCGGCAUGCACAUCGACUGCUGCGACCCGCCCCUGGACCACGUCCCUGACGAUGACUGGCUGUGCCCCAAGUGCGAGGCGCCCAAGGCCAAGAAAAAACCCCCUAGGGGCGCGGCGAGCAAGUCGAGAGGAUCAUCCAAGCAGCGGAGGUGAUUCUGGUUCUCUCGUCUUCUGUACUAGACUCCCUGUUUUAUCGAACACA